AAUGGCGUCCUGUAGUGAGGAAACUGUGACAAACACAGAAGAGGAAUUGACCGAAACUCCGGCAUCCCUGAAAAGAGAAGCGAGGCUGCGGAAAUUUCGAGAGUUACAUUUUAAACGGAAUGAAGCACAGAAACUAAAUUUUAAGGAGGUUGUGGAAGAGGAUAAGAGGCGAAAGCUGCCGUCCAACUGGGAGUCAAAGAAAGCCCGGCUGGAGUGGGAGGUGGCAGAGGAUCAAAAGAAAAAGGAAUGUGCUGACAGAGGUGAGGACUACAACCGAGUGAAGCUGCUGGAAAUCACAGCCAGAGAUGCAGCGUUGUGGGAGAGGAAGAAGAAAAAGAAGAACCCGGACACAGGAUUUGCAGGUUACGCUGAAGCCCAGUUCAGACAGUACCAGAGGCUCACCAAGCAGAUCCGACCAGACAUGGAGAGCUACGAUAAACAGAGGGAGGACUGCGGUGAAGACUUUUACCCCACGUCUAAUACCCUGAUCCACGGCACACAUGUUCCCACAAAGGAAGGCAUUGACCGCAUGGUGGAAGAUGUUGAGAAACAGAUCGAGAAGCGGUCCAAGUACAGCCGGCGCAGGGCCUACAACGACGACUCAGACAUCGACUACAUCAACGAGAGGAACGCCAAGUUCAACAAAAAGGCGGAACGUUUCUAUGGCAAAUACACAGCAGAGAUCAAACAGAACCUGGAGAGAGGAACGGCAGUGUAGCGGACCGCGGUCAACGCGACGGACACUUGACGCUUUUGUGGCGUCCGUCGCUGUCCUGGUGGAAACCUUUCCUCGUCCUGCCACCAGGUUCAUCAGUCAGCGGUGGAGUGAUGGUGUUGGGAGGGGUUGAAGAUCAGUCAGUCGUCUGAAGGGUAUGUCACAGGUUGUGUUGUUGUAAAGUAUUAGAAGUUAAAGCCCUGGGGUUUUUUUUCUCUCUCUCUCUUUUUUUCAUAUUUUUAAAUAAAUGGCGUUCAUUUAUCUUGGAAA